AUGCCACCGAUCAUCCACAUCGUCCGUCACGCACAAGGCCUACACAACGUGUUCCCCGGAAACGACGCCCUAGUCGACCCAGAACUCACACCAACGGGCAUCGCUCAAUGCGCCUCCCUCCGCGCAUCCUUCCCCCAUCACGCGCAACUGACACUCCUCGCUGCCUCGCCCAUGCGGCGCGCCUUACAAACAUGCCUACACGCAUUCUCAAACGAUACACUAGCACCAGUCCGUGCAAUUGACCUACUACAAGAGACGUCUGACGCACCGAACGACACGGGAUCUAGCGUGGAUGUCCUCCGCGCUGAAUUCGGUGACACGGUUGACUUUUCGUCCGUGUCGCCGAGUUGGACGGAUAAAAGUGAGGGAAGCUUCUUCGCGCCUGAGAUUGAGAAAGUCGUUGAGCGGGCGAGGGUGACGAGACGGUCGUUGAAGGAGAUUCUUGGGGAUGGGGACGGACAAGCUGUUUGUGUUUCUCACGGCGGUUAUGUUCAUUUUCUGACGGAUGAUUGGGAGGGUGUUUCGCUUCAAAGGCGUUCAACUUGGGCAAACUGCGACUAUCGAUCCUACCAGUUUGUGGAUGGAGGUUCCAAUGAAGUUAAGCUCCGUGAAACAGACGAGAGUUGGCGUCGGCGGAAAGGACAUCAGGCUAGACCGACGGACGAGGAACAAGCCGCUUGGAGAGAGCAGGUGUUUGAAGACUUUGGGCCUCAUAUGAGAUACAAGGGUCCUUGA